GGUAGAUGUGUGAUAGUCAGUGGUAGAUGUGUGAUAGUCACUGGUAGAUGUGUGACAGUCAGUGGUAGAUGUGUGACGGUCAGUGGUAGAUGUGUGAUAGUCAGUGUUAGAUGUGUGAUAGUCACUGGUAGAUGUGUGGGUGUCACUUGUUGAUGUGUGAUAGUCAGUGGUAGAUGUGUGGUGGUCAGUGGCUGGACGUUCUGUGUUGUGUGUGUUGGUCAGUGGUUGGAUGUGUUAUGUGGUGGGUGUGUUUUAGACAGCUGCUAGACAGUGAUUAGCUGUAGUGUGUGUUGGGGGUUGGAGUGGCUGUGUAUCUGAACACCAUCAGAAUCUACUCAGGAUUUUGUGCCUCUUUCUCUUCACAGUGUAUCCAUUUCCUCCCUACCCAAUGGACAGAGAAAGCGAAUCCCCAACAGCUCAGGCAGCAGUAGCAGUGCGUUGAAAGAUGGGGAGUUGAUUGGCGGCCAAGAGCUGAAACAAUUACGUGCUCCCGAUUCCUCCCAGGCUGAUGGACAGGGAAAGGCAGAAACCAGUAGCCCCAGCAGCAGGGGCAAGGAGGAGCAGGAAGGGGAAUGGGAAGGCGUCCAAGAGGUGAAACAAUUCCGAGUUCCUCUCGUGCCGUAUCGCAUUCCCUCGUCCAGCAUGAUUGUGAAGGAGAAAAGCAAGUUACCAGUCAAGGUGGCGGGGAAGGCCAAGGAGGAAGUGGUAGUGACAGACACACCAUCCUUCACUGAUGUCGAUGAGUAUCUGAUCUCUGAAGCCUACCACACUGCAGUAUCAGCUCUCUCAAAUAUAGUCCAAAGGGAAAUGAAACUGAAGGAGGAUGAGGACAGGAAAGAGCAGAAGCUGAAGGAAGACAAGGAGAAAGACCAGCCAAAGUCCUCAGCUGGAAAAGACGGGAAGAAAAAGUCUGCUGAGAAGAAGAAAGGCCCCCGAUCCACCACGCCCAUGUUGCCGGCACUGGGUGAGAACCCAGAGGAAGUCAGCAGAAGGAAACUUAGGGAGCACAUUUACACUGAGUACUUUGGAGCACUGCAGGAUGAGGUGGCUGCAGUCACCACCCGUCUUGCUCUGAUCAAACUCAAAGCUCUGAUGACAAUCCAGGAUCUGAAGUCCAAGGCAGGUGAUGUCUUUACCACCAUGGAGGACUGGCUCAGCACCCAGUUCCUGCAGGAGAUGGACAGCAUUGCUGCCUUGCUUGCUGUGGGACUGGAACACAUACAGACUGGCUCCAAGAUCCUGUUCCCACUCGUGCUUGGAAGCAAGGAGUUCGUCAUCAAUGGGGACCUGAAGCUGAUUCCGGACCCCCCUCCACCGCCACACCUGCCCUCGAGGGAGAGGCCGAAGGUCGGCGAGUUCAGAGUACAGCAGCUCCAGGACCUCGUGCAGCAUUUCACCCUGCUGUCACCCACAGGUUUUAUGACAAGAAGAGUGUUUAUCGAAACCUUACAGGACCUGAUUUCGCAGGAUCUUGGAUCAGAUAAUUUCCCUGAGCCGUGGUGCUCGCUCACUUAUCCACAGUUGGUGGAGAUUUCGCGGGUGUUGGCUCCUGACUCAGACUUCCUCAACUGGCGACAGUUUAUCCUUUCAAUUGCUCAGCCAUGGCCCUAUCCCUCCCUGAGGGACCUGCUGGACACAAAGAUACGGUUUCAAGCUGUGGACCAGGCUGAUAAUGGUUACGUUACAAAAGAACAAUAUGAUCAGGUGGAGCUGUGGUUCACAGGUGAUGCUGACCAACAAGACCCUGAGGAUCCAUUGGAGCCAGUUCCCUUCAACAGACUUGCACAGCUGAAGGAGGUUUUCUUCAGCCUGUUUGUGGAGGACGGCCCAUCCGAGCCCCGACUGGACUACAACAACACCCUGCUGUACUUCAGCGGGCACCAGGACCCAGCCCAGGGCCUGCACCGGGCUCUCAGCAUCGCCGUGGGCAGUGCACUCCCUUGGGCACCCCUCUCCAGCCCUCAGAAGUCAGAGCAGGACGUCCCAGGUGGACCCUCAGCACCAGGACCGGUGGAGAAGGUGCCUCUAUCAGCUCUGUUCCAAAUCAUGAAGCAUGGAGUGGCUGGGUUUGGAGAAACCCAUCGGCACAGGAGCCCAGAGGAAGACCAUCAAUGCCAGCUUUUCACCCAAGUUUACAAGGAGCUGGGAUCAAAGGAGCUUGAACCGCUCCCAUUAGAUGUUUUGCUCAAACAUCCUGUCAUUAUGGACCUCAUCACCAACACAACACAAUUCAGCCAAUCUGAUGUCCAUGCCGUGAUACAGAGGCAAUUCGUGGAUGGUGAGGCUGUUGCCAGCAGCUCUCCUGAAACUUCAGUGGAAAGGUCUCCCAGCAGCCCAACUGAUGAGCCAGGCCAGGCCCAGAGUCGGUGGAGAAUGCCCAGGCAAUGAAGCUCACACACUAAUAAAUUCAGAUACAUUGCU